CGACGUGACAAACAUUGUGCCUCUCUAUUUCCUGAGCGGUGGACAAACGCCAUGGUGAGGCUCCAGAUGUCUUCCCUCGCUGUGGCGCGCGGUGCCCACGGAGUGAUGCGCGGUGGGAGCGUCGCCCUGGCCGUCAUCGCCCAGGUGCUCUCAGACGUCUUCCGUUACCUCGCAAAGGAAAGCAACGUGCCCAACGCUCUGUUUGCGACCUCGCCCAGGAAUGUGAGCGAGACCUUCCCCCUGGAGGUCACCAUGGACUGGUGGUCUGACAGCUGCUGGCUUAUCAUCGACUUGUGGUCCAAGGGAUGGCUCUUGUAUGCGGUGGUCAACAUUAUUGUGAGAGCAGACCUCGGCCCUGAAAUCCACCCCGCGGUAUUCUAUCUCUCCUGGACCGCGAUUAACGUGGCAAGGAUUUGCUUGAUGUAUCUAUGGGACAAACACGAUCUACUGGGAGCCGUCAUACUGGGGUGGGUUCCCCCAUUCCUCGGCUUCUACAUGCUCUACGUGUCCUGCUCUAACCUCAGAGCGCACGAGGCCUGGCUGGCCGUUAACAGGCCCCGUGCGCUCUCCUGGACGCGUUACCUGACCCAGAACGGUUUGGCGGCGUUUGCCUGGUGGUCUCUCCUGAACGCCGUGCUGGGUCUCGGCAUCGUGCUCAAGUACAGAGCCCGUGUGCCCGACCCACUGACGAGCACCUUUGUGCUCACCGUCGUCUCCUCCUGCAUCAUAAUAUGGUUCAUCCUACAGAGCUGCCUGUUGGCCAAGUACAUGCGCUACGUAUUCAGCGUUUAUGCCAUUCUCAUCGUGGGCCUGGGUGCCAUGUUCACCAGAAGCUACCGUUUGCACGAUCUCGCCGCAAACACAGUCUAUUGUGGUUUCCUAAUGCUCCUGAUGACCAUCAUGAACUCCAUCCAUUCGGUCUCCACGUGUCUCAGUGCGGAUGAGUCAAACAAACCCGCCGCCGCGGAGCCGUCCGCCACGUCUAAGGGCCGUGAGACAGUCUGGCACACCGACCUCAGGGGCCCCGACGUCAAGAACGGCCCCUUCAAGAUCUGAGUUCACGCGAUAGAAGAGAACAAUCACACGAAUCCAAUCGCGUCGAGCAGGUGUGCACUUUACAUUAAUCACCAGGAGGGAGCAGCACAGACCAGCUUCAAAGCACAGUGGUUCCAGAUGUAGAGAGAAAGUCCACAUGUUGAGCACGCGAAUAAAAACUGCAUUUGAUCAAUUAGAUUAACAGAUUAAAAGGAUAUCAUCUAGUGAGGUUCAUGGUACUUUUGUUUUAUUGAGGCCAAAUUGCAUUUUCGUCUUCUACAAUAAAGGAAGGAAAUAAACUAUUGCACACUGGAGCUCUCAGUCACAAACUGAA